UCACGUGCCGCCCAUCAUGGCGGCCUCCAGGGUGCUAACGCAGUGCCUGCUGCGGGGAGCGGUGCGGGGCCUCAGCAGCAGCACCGAGGGAGCCACCGUGAACGUCGUCUUCGUUGACCGGACGGGGCGGGAGGUCCCGGUGCGGGGCCGCGUCGGGGACAACGUCCUGCACUUGGCGCAGCGGCACGGGCUGGAGCUGGAGGGUGCCUGCGAGGCCUCCCUCGCCUGCUCCACGUGUCACGUCUAUGUCAGUGACCCCCACUUCGACCGGCUCCCGCCCCCCGAUGAGCGGGAAGAGGAUCUCCUGGACCAGGCGCCGCUGCUGCAGGAGCGCUCCCGCCUGGGCUGCCAGCUCCUCCUGUCCCCGGCGCUAGAGGGCGCUCGCUUCACGCUCCCCCGCCUCAGCCGCAACUUCUACGUGGAUGGGCACGUCCCGAAACCCCAUUGACAGCGGGGGGGGGGGA